CCCAUUCUCCAUUUGCCUUCUGUUCCCUCCCUGUUGGGGCGGAAUUGAAUCCUAGGCAGGGAUCAGGUUCCCCGCCUUCCAGUCUGAAAAUCCCGCCAAGGGAAUCGCAGAGCAGAAGAAAAAAAAAAAAAAUCCGAGUGGAGAGAGGAAGGAAGAAAGGGACCAGUGUGAGCCACCAGCCAUCCAGAAGGGAGGGCGCAGCGGCGCAGCGGAGCCUGCAGCAGUGUCUCCGCUACCUGGGUCCCCCUGUCUGAAGACAACCUCGUCCCCCAGCAACAAAGGCAGCCUGAGCUCUCAGAGCACGUUUGCAACUCAAAAAUGCAGUCCCAACAAUACCAGCAACAGCGUCGAAAAUUUGCAGCUGCCUUCUUGGUGUUCAUUUUUAUAUUGGCAAUUGUAGACACUGCUGAAGCAGGGAAGAAAGAGAAACCAGAAAAAAAAGUGAAGAAGUCUGACUGUGGAGAAUGGCAGUGGAGUGUGUGCGUGCCCACCAGUGGGGACUGUGGACUGGGCACCCGGGAGGGGACCCGCUCAGGAGCUGAGUGCAAGCAGACCAUGAAGACCCAGAGAUGUAAGAUCCCCUGCAACUGGAAAAAGCAAUUUGGAGAGUGCAAAUACCAGUUCCAAGCCUGGGGAGAAUGUGACCUGAAUACCGCCCUGAAGACCAGAACCGGAAGUCUGAAGCGAGCCCUUCACAAUGCCGACUGCCAGAAGACAGUCACCAUCUCCAAGCCUUGUGGCAAAAUGACUAAGCCCAAACCUCAAGCAGAAUCUAAGAAGAAGAAAAAGGAAGGAAAGAAACAGGAGAAGAUGUUGGACUAAAAGAUGUCAUCUUCUGUGGAACAUGAAGAGAACAUGAGCAAACAGGAUCAGUUAUCUAUUGCAUUUAUACCUACCAUAGGAAUUUCAUCAUUUUAUUCAAAAUAUCUAUAGCAUAAGUACAUGAUAGGCAAAACAAAAAAAAUGAAAAAAAAAUUUGUAGUAGCAUUUUUAAAUGUAUACCAUAGGAUCACUAGUGGCUGAUAAUAAAGGAGUGUAAUCCUCUUUAGAAAGUUGACUUAUAGUACAUGAUAAGUGAUAGAAGUUUGAGGUAAGUUUUUUUGAAGUUAUGUGAUAUUUUACAUUUAAAUUUUUUUUUUACAUUUAUUUCUCUUGGCAGCGAUUUAAAUGUUGUGACUAUGUAAACUACUUCUCUUGUUAGGUAAUAUUUCACCUAGACUUUUUUUCCAAUUGAAAAAAAUAUACUAAACAAAGCAGCAAUAAAAUAUAAUCAUACUUGAGGAAAUAUCUUUUUUUCUGCCAGUGGAUUUAUAAAAAUGUCUACUUAACAAAAUGGGAGUGAGAGGUUACUGAGCAUGCUCAAAUUCAAUGUUGACUUUUUUUUUUAAAGAAAAGUGUUAAGACACAAAAUUCUAUCAUUUGGCAGAAACAUUUGUUUUCUUGAUGAAAUUAUGUUUUCAUCUGAGGGGGGAAAAUGACUGGGAAAAUAAAUCAAGGUGAUGCUGAAAAAUAAAAAAAUGACUUUGUGUGCA